AUGGCUUCUCUACCACCUAUCGCUAUUCCAGGGCAACGCCUCGGCCCUUUAUCCACAUAUUCUGCAGGCCCCGGCACACAUGUUCAACAAUCAUUCAUCUACGCUUCCAUCGCCGGUCCUGUGGUUGCAGACCUUGCACAGCCGAAAUCACAGACAAGACCAACCCUUAGAGUUUCAAGAGGGAUACCUCCCAAAGAUCAAGCAGGCUCAAUGCCCGCUGUUCCCGCCAUCGCAUCGUCAAUGAUGUCGAAGCCACGCUACAACACCCUCCCCGCCGUAGACUCCAUCGUUCUCGCACGAGUGACCCGCGUGCAGAAGAGACAAGCCACAAUCUCAAUCCUCGUCGUACUAGACGAAUCAGCAUCACAAUCCCAAGACCAAUCACGAACAGCCUCAGAUAAUGACAAUGUCGCCUCCAUCCUCACCUCUGCCGCCAACCCUGAGAACCACAGCAGCACCGACGAACUGCGCUUCCAGGCACUUAUUCGGAAGGAAGACGUACGGGCUGUUGAGAAGGACCGUGUCGUGAUGGAUGAGAUGUUCCGCGUCGGCGAUAUCGUUCGCGGCUCCGUUAUCUCACUUGGCGAUCAGAGCUUUUACUACAUCACUACUGCGCGCAAUGAUCUCGGUGUUGUCAUGGCUCGCAGCGACGCUGGAAACAUGAUGUUCCCUGUUAGUUGGAAGGAAAUGAGAGACCCUGUCACUGGAACUAGUGAGCAGAGGAAGGUUGCCAGGCCGUUCUGA